AUGGCACGCCAGAGAAGAUGGCCGCCAGAUAUGUUGUUGGGGUUGUUCGUCUGCUCAAUAGCAUUCCUCUGCGAUGGCGCCGCCACUCGAACAUCAUCCUCGAACGACGUCGAACAGAACUCAAACGCAAUACAUGUUUUGCCACAACCUCGACCACAGACCUUGACCCGUAGACGUCAAGAUGGUCACGCUCAGGUCAACCACAUGUCGAGGACAUCAACAACAAUAGCACCGACACCAACGAAACCAUCUCAGCGGAUUGUGUCAACCACAUCAACAGCCUACUAUACAGUCACCGUCACUGCGAGCCCGACUCCCCGAAAGCGCAACUUUGUCGACAUCAGUGAGCUUCUUGAGUCAAUAGACUCGCUACAAGAAGCACUCGCUUCGGCAACAGCCAGCGCAGUGUCUCUGUCACGAGAAUUUGCGGUUUCCAUAAACCAACUGGAAUCUUCAACCCAGUAUCUUGCCGCAUCGGCAUCGAGUGCGCUGUUGGUUGCGGAAGCAUCAGCCUCGAAAGCGCUGGCGGCAGCUGAGGCUUCUGCUGCCAAGGCGCUCUCUGCCGUGGAAGAAUCAGCUGCUAGUAGCAUCAGCGAGGUGUUAGCAGUGGCCACCUCGACAAUCCCAAGGACAAGCAAUGAUACCUAUCGGGUAAGGCUUUGCAGUCCCUUGGAUAUUCUUGUAGUAAUGCUAACAGUGAGACAGACACAAGUAGACAAUGGAGAUGAGUCCAGUGUGUCUCCAGCUAUUGUCGGCAUUGCUGUCGCGGUCUCGGUGGUUGGUUCGUCACUUAUAUCUCUGCUCGUGUUCUUUUUCUUCACGCGACGUCGCAAAGCUAAGCAACGUGCGCAAGAGGAAGAAAAUGAAAUGAAUGCUGCCCUCGACCGAGCCAUUGUUUCCUACAUUGUCAAGGAGCUACCAAGCCCUCAGGGGUCGACAGGUCAACAAACCGGGCAACGACAAUUUUGGAUUGAAGACAAGGAGGAAGGCGAUGCAGGAAACUCUUUCGCGCCAAGUCCACCCGGACCUACUGAGCCGACCCCAACAGGUCCCUCAGACUUGCACCAUGUGGAAGAGCUCCCACCGACACCACCCUCACCUCAAUCGGGCAUGAUACCAAUACAAGCAAUGCCCUCGCCCAAGCCAUCGACACAGCCUCCAUCCUCACGGUCAUCUUUAGACAGGGUGCCUCGGGGCAUGUCACGUUCUAGAUCCCACAGGUCGCCAAGGAUGGCGAAACCACCACCAGCUCACAUGCGGUCUCAUUCUCAAACGACCCCUUCUCCGAGUGUGAGGUCGGGUUACUUUGGUCAUCAACCAUCCGCCUCCGACGCAUCUGGUGGGUCAGCCUGGUAUCAGCCCAGCAUGACGCCCUCGUCGAUUGCUAUCAGCAGGGCGCUCAGCCGGCGGACGGCGUCUUCUCACUUUAUGGACAGCGCCGAGAAGAUCUAUGGUGAUAUUCUCACAAGUCCGUUGGAGAAGGAUCCGCUGGAAGCGCCAUAUCAGCCGGCCCCUGAGCCGCCGGUAAAUACACUUCCCAAAUCCUCGUCAGAGGUGAAACGGGAGGAUGUAGGGUGGCCUUUGCCGGCGAAGGAGGCAUGGUUAUGA